GUAUUUUUUUAGAUGCAUCUCGCUGACUUAUCCAUUUUUAGCCCUCUGGUGGCGUAUAUUGGCAAUACACCUUUUCACAUAUGAUUCGUUUGGACGUUGUGUUUGAGAAUCCUCCAGGUUAAACCAAAUGGACUGAGAGCACUUCAGUGCGGCAUUGGACUUCGUUUAGUAUGUUACCAGCCUGGUUCAAAUGGGUUACUUCAGUGCAACAGGAAAGCAAAACGGCCUAUUUUCACUUUGUAAGGAUAAAGAAUAAACCAACAACCCAAACAGGGAAUUAUCAAUGAUAGGAAAAAACCUGAUCACUCAAAACAUGAACCACAUGCAACUAUUCGUGUUCUUUGGUAAACUACAGUAUAUACAUUUUAACUUUUUGCUGUCCAGUGUCUGAUAUGUUUGAUAUUAGGUGUGAUUUAGAAAAUUGGUGCUAAACUGUUUUGAAAGUUUAACACCGGCGAGCAGACUACUGGUGCUAAAUGAUCAAACCCCACCCUAAUCAAGCAACUCCCAAGAUACAUUAUUGUUUAACUCACAGGGCUAACGUAAACAUGUUUAAUGUGGAUCUCUUUUUUGUGUGUGCGCGGGAGGGUCUGCAUUAGUAAACUACAACUAGUCUUAAUCUAGUUUUAAUCUGAAUGGGCUCUAGCUAAUCAACGUUUUGGUGCGCUGACAUUGUGAUUAUCAAUAGCAGGCUAUCCUAAAUACAAACAAGUGGAUCAGACUCAUUUCAUUCUAGUUUUUAGGCCCAUCAAGUGGACUAAAAUUGAUAUUCAGCAAUCGACCCCUAUGCAGUGUGCGAUAAAAAAAGGCGCGUUUAAUGUUUAAGUGCUGUAGGCUACAUGUAUUACAAAAAUACGAUUGUUGUACUACAGCUUGUGAUAUUUUUUAAAAAUGUGAUAUACAAAAUCCGAUUCGCUGAUGAGGUCGACUCUAAAGUUUACAAAAAAAAAUCGAACGCAAACGGAAAACUAUAGCGAGACAAAAUUCAAAUUAAAUCCCAUAACUGUCUAUAGAUCGUCCCUGACCCGUGCCUUUUCAUUUUGUUUUACAGCAUUCUGUUUGUGGUUAAUUUAUUUCAACCGGCAAAACUUCAAAAUGAGUCACACGUGGUUGCGAGGAAGCGACAUUAUCAUCGCGAUGGCAGGUUUUCCACAUGUAUUGCUUCUGCUGUCGUUAUUUUGCUUCCUGGGAGAUUUUUCUAACAAUAUUUUCGCCACUGCUGCAGCAUUAGCGUGCCCACCGGCCCCAUGCUUGUGUUUUCGAAACAUUCUGUCCUGCACUUCGGAAGAUAAGCGGUUAAAGUUGAAAAACAUCCCCGCAUUAGACUCAGCAGCAGACUUCUCUAUCCUAGAUUUCCGUGGUAACAGUAUUUCCAAAUUAAAAGGAGCGACAUGGGCUCAGUAUCAGAAUGCAGCAUACCUCAAUUUGAAACAUAACAAUCUGACGGAAGUAAACAAACUCUCCUUUGCUGGCCUGUUCAAAUUAAAAUAUCUGUUUUUAUCUGACAAUCAAAUAAUGUUCAUGACAAGUUAUGCCUUUGAGCCACUGUUACAUAUCCAAUUAAUUGAUCUCAGUAACAACCAGCUCAUUGGUAUUCAGGAUGAUCUUUUCAAGUCAAACUCCGGAUUCCCUUACUUGAAAGUAUUAGAUCUGAGCAACAACCACAUUGUAACCAUUGGCUGCGAUGCUUUCGGAAUGCUUUCCCAACUGCUUUUCUUGAAUAUGAGUGGCAACGAUCUGGAUUUCAUAGGCGAUCGUGCUUUUGAAAAUAUGACAUCAUUAAUGUAUUUGGAUAUCCACACAAGCCAAAUCUCAAUAAAAACGCUUGGAGUUAUACUGCAUAAGACAAAAAGUGUUAUAAACCUGUAUCUGUCCCAUGCCAGUAAAUGCUGUUUGUGCAUGUUCCCAAGUCACGCUCGCUUCUAUCUUAGCAGAACUUUGGAACUGGAUUGCAAAGAUUUGAAAUGUGAAAUAACUUUGAAAAAAUGCUAUCCAAAUGAAGAAAAUUCCCUGGAGUCUGUAAGACCCAGCUGUAAUCAGAGGAUUCCUGAGAAAACACCAAACAUGAAUGAAUCCAAGAGUUUAUUUAGGCGUAACGACUUUAACUAUUAUAUCUGAUAUGAAAAGUACUACUACUGCUGUAACCAUAAACAACACAGACAAACGUGUGGAUAUUAACUGUGACUUGCUUGCUAUUUUCAGUUUGCUCUCCUUUGCUUCAUUGGAUCGGAAUGCCAAAGAGGCUCCGUGUUUAUUUCAGAGAUCCUACCUCUUGAGAAAGAGAGGCUCCAGACUUCCAUCAUGCUAGUAGGAUUUGCUAGUAAUGAACCCUCUACACAGACUCCAUCCAAUUCCACUAAUAAUAUUUUUACUGGUUACAAAGAAUACUUUAAACAAUAAUAUAGUAUACUAAUAACGGUAUAUCAUAUUAUAUUAUUGAAAACUAACAUUAAGAAUAUAGCAUUAUACAUGUAUAAGUAGGGUACUUCAACAAUUUUAGAUUCUCCCAUUUGUGUCAAGCAAAUCAGCCCUGUUCCAGCAGGAUUCAGCUUCUCUUUCGUUCAGCUCUGAGUGGUUCAGCGAAGGCCACGACAGGAUGAGAUAGCCAUCUUUUCACAUCACAGGUAUGAGGGACAAUAAAUAGCCUUUACUUGAUACCUGCAAGAUAUCUGGACACGUCAUUCAGGAAUACCUUCUUUACAUUCCAGUUAACUCAAAUGUGCCUAUCUUACAAUAUGAUCAGUUUCAAACCCUAUUCGACUAAUCCUACAUUAUCUGGAUCAAUAUUCAGAUGCGAGAAUGACACUCCUUCUGGGCCAUCACAUUUAAAUAGCAUUCGACAAUGCUUAACCAUAUGGCAAAAAGCAGGGCAGGGUUUUGGCCCUAUAAAUGCUCUCCUGAUCAUUCAUUUUAUGACCAAACUCCUCAA